AUGCCACGCGCUCGAGGAUUUCAUGCGCUUUGUUUCUCCUUCCUGUGCUUCAUUCGGGUGGUUCUCGCCAUCGCCCCGCGCGAUUUAUCAAACUUUCAGGGUUUGUACAGCUGUCCCGUGGGUGCUUCGAUUGCCAGAGUGAGUUCUGUUUCGCAAGUGCAAAAGGUCGUGAAAAAUGCAAAGAAAGUGAAAGCCAUCGGCGUCGGGCACUCGUGGUGGCGCGAGAAUUUCUGCGCCUCCUCGUCGUCUUUAUCGUCGAACGAGGGAGAGGAAACGACGAUACCUCUGGGAGGCGCUCGUGGGAUGCGAUACGUCGGAGAGAUUAACGAGAGAGAGAAAACGGUGAAAGUUGGAUGUGGGAUAACUAUUCGCGACCUGUUGGACUCUCUCGAGAAGAAGGGAUACGUGUUACCGACGUUUCCUUGGUACAUCGAUCAAACGUUAUGCGGUGCCAUCGCGACUGGAUCCCACGGUUCUUCUUUAAAGUUCGGCAGUCUUUCGAGCGAGAAGAUGUUGUUGGAGAUGGAAGUCGUCCUCGCGAACGGCGAGUUGAAACGGUUGACGCGAGAUAAAGAUCCGGAGUUAUUUUCGGCGUUUAGUGUGAGUGUGGGUAGGCUCGGGGUUAUCGUGAGCGUAACCGUGCGAGUGGAGGAAAAUUCAAGGACAGAAAGGCACGUGAAAGUUAUGAGCGCGGAAGAGUUAAUCGAGGAGUUGGACAGAGCCGGAAAGGAGUUCGCGGAGAACAACUUUACUGUGACGGAAUCGCUGAUGAACCGAUUGGACACGACGCAAAGCUUGUGGUUUCUAACCCGAGGGUCGAGUAAAAAUGCCGCUUGGCGAGCGACGCACGUGACGAGACCGAAAGUGGCCCCGGUUCCCGGUUCGCCGUUUUACGAAGCCGAGAGAAAAUAUUGGGAGAAGAAACGAGACGCGUUUGUCGCGGCGAACGAAACGCCUGAAAGCGCCGCGCAAAGGUCACUCGGACGAUUCCAAGAGAGAAGAUGGGUGCGAGAGUUAGACAGAAAUACAGAUGGAAGCGAAAUCUCCACGCCGAACGUGCAAACGUAUUCGAACAUUCGUUUCGAUCGUCAACCGAGAAGAAUCGAACGGCGAGGUGAAAUCCCUUCGUUGGGCCUUGCCGCCACAUCCGAGAUGGUCGCGUAUUUGCUCGAACGCGACUGGCUUCCUGGACCGGAUUUUUCCAAACGAGACGCGCUCGUCUCGCAACGAUUCGAAAUGUCCUACAACGCCCCGGACGCAAACAUGUACGAUCAGUACGAAGUCGCCGUACCGUUAGAAAAAGCUGCCGAGUGCGCCCGAGAGGUUUAUAAAGAGAGCGGCAAAAUAUUCGAAUCAACCGGCGAUACCGUGGCGAGAAGUGGUUUUCGAGUCCCAAUCUUGUUACGAUUCGUAUCCUCGGAGCCGGAAAAUCUUCUUUCCCUCUCCUACGACGGACCAAAAGUGUACUUUAACUUCGAGGACUAUCUCAAAUACCGCUCGCCAUCCGCCUCGGAACCGAACGCCGCCUUCCGCCUCGUCUCCAAAGUCUUCCACUCCUCCAAAUGCUCUCACGGUCGCAACCACUGGGGUAAAACCAAAGACUACAAAACGUUACAAUCUGUCUCUCAGCCGUUGCACGAACAGUUCAAAUCCAACUGGUGCUCGUUCGGGUGCGUCGCCAAACAGCUCGACCCGGAUCGAAAGUUUGAAAGUUUGUUCCAGAAAGGAUGGACCUGGGACGAGAAAGCUUUGGAGUGCGGAUGUAAAUCAUCAUCAUCAUCGUCAAAAUUUACAUACGACCACGUGAAAUGCGGGGAAUGGUGCGGCGGAGGCUCGUUCGCCGAAUAA